GCCUUUCGUGUCAUUUAGCGUUGUUUUCACAUCCCCUCGUGCUGGACGUCUAGUCUCCUAUGAUAUUGAACAUUAAGAUCAGACUUCGUCUAAACUCGAGUUUGUUCGGAUUCUCGCAGGCUUGAACCCGAAUCUGAAAUUUUGCCUUGACCCUUUUUGGAACAGCUCAUUAGAAUCUUUGGAUUGAGGCUCGUCUGGCUUUCGGCUCUUUGGAACCUUCGCUCACCCGCAUUUUGCUUUUUGGAUGCCAGUGAGCCUGGAAGAAGAGCGUCUGCAACAAUUUCAGAAAUUGUUGAAUCGGUUUCAUAUCACUUCUACAAUGACACCGAGACAUGCAUCAGUUUCCCUGCUGCUUAGCAUCGCCUCAACGCUUUGCCUCGCUAGCGCUUUAGACUCGCCAAGUCAGAAUGUCGAUUGCGCUGAGAGCACCAUAAACAUGGACAGCUUUGUGUUUUCAUCUCCAGGAUAUCCGGAUAGCUACCCAUCAAACCUCGACUGCAAGUGGCAAAUUAAGGCAAUAUCACCCUUAAGUAGGACAAUAUUAAUCAAAAUUCUGGACUUCAGAACAGAGAGGUCGUAUGACUUCUUGGAUUUGGAAGGUCGUACCUUCCUUAAAGACGCCCCUCAUUUGUUCCGUUUGCACGGCGAAACGAUGGUUCGCGGCAUUAUCUUCAACUCAUCAGAGGUGGCUGUGUCAAUGACAUCCAAUGGACGGCUGCAAUUUUCUGGGUUUUUCCUGGCGCUUGAAAGCAGCACCACUAUGUUUGAUCAACCAUCAUGUGGGAUAUUCAAUAGUAGUCUCUUCGACUGCGAAGAUGGGUCGUGUGUGUCUCCAGAAGCUAGAUGUGAUGGGCAAGAGGACUGCUCUAGCGGACAGGACGAGCAAGAUUGUGGAAGCUUGGAUGUAGCCUGCCCGUAUGCGUGCAGCUGCAACAUUCAUGGAUUUGUUUGUUUCAAAGGCUGGAAUCAUCUAACCAUCCGGAGACUCCCUAAAACAGCACACAGCCUGACAUUAAAAAAUAGCAACUUAUCUGACCCACCUCCCGGCACUUUCGAAGACUUUUGGGAGCUAAGUGUACUGAGAUUUAUGAACGUUGAUUUAGGUUCUAUCAAGUCGGAUGCUUUCAGCGGACUCCCCAGUCUCUUCAAUCUUUACAUUGGGGAUUCCAGCAUCCAUUCCAUCGAGUCUGAAGCCUUCAAGGGAGCGGCAAACCUCCAGAUUCUUGUUAUGGCCCAUGUUAGCAUCCAUUCAAUUAGGUCGAAUUCCUUCAGCGGUCUCACCAAUCUUGAUCUGCUUGAUAUGACCCACGUUAACAUCCAUUCCAUUUGGUCGAAUGCCUUCAGCGGACUCACCAAUAUCAAAUGGUUUGAUAUUACCGGCGCUAACAUCCAUUCUAUUCGGUCAAAUGCCUUCAAUGGAGUCAGCAUUCUGGAACGGCUUUACAUUAAAUUUUCCAGCAUCCAUUCCAUUGAGUCGGAUGCCUUCAAGCAAGUCACCAAUCUUCCGAUUGUUGUUUUAGAAGGCGUUAGCAUCCAUUCCAUUGCGUCCCGUGCUUUCAGUGGACUCACCGAUUUGAACCGGCUAUACAUUAAAAACUCCCGCAUACACUCUAUUCAGUCUGAAGCCUUCAAAGGACUCCAUAGGCUCCAGCAGCUGCACAUAAGAAACGUUGUCAUCGAUUCCAUAGAGUCAGGUGCCUUCAGAGACCUCUCCAGUCUUGAAUACCUAAACAUAAACAACACUGCCAUCAAUUCCAUAGCGUCAAAUGCCUUCAGAGACCUCGUCAGUCUUGAAUACCUUGUGAUACAGAAUGUGAAAGUCAAUUACAUUCCUUCCAGCACUUUUGCUUCCCUGUCAAACCUCCGAGGGCUUCUUCUUCAAAAUAUAUCAGGCACAACAAGAUCCGUGGCAACCAUCAAAAAGGGCGCCUUUGUAGGGUUAAACGCCACGAGACUGAAGUGGACAUUGGCUGAUGAUUACCGCCUGUGCUGCGCCUUGUCAAGGCUGCAGGAUUUCUCUGUAAAGGACGACUGCUUAACUACAAAGGUUAAACCCGACUUGAACCUGUGCGACAGCCUUAUGCCGAACAAUGCAUUACGCGUGGCAUUGUGGACGUUGGGAAUAAGCGCGCUUGUCGGUAAUUUUUGUGUCAUCAUGUGGAGGCUCCUGCAAAAAGGAGAUCGAGGGGGUAAAAAGACUCUGUCGCUUAUGGUUGGCAAUCUAGCUGCAGCAGACCUGCUAAUGGGUGUGUACAUGUUGAUUAUGGCAGUUGCAGAUCUGGAAUUUGGCGAACAGUACUUUCUCCAGGCCCCCGAAUGGCGUUCCAGCACACUGUGUAAAGUCGCUGGAGUUCUGGCAGUUCUGUCCAGUGAGGCUUCGGUGUUUUUCGUUACUCUAAUCAGUGUUGACUGUUUCCUUGGUAUUGUCUUUCCAUUAAGAUCCCUAAGUCUGGAAAUCAAGUCGACAAAAUUUGUCUUUGUUAUCCUGUGGUGCCUGGCAUUGUGUCUAAGUGUUAUCCCAACAAUUUACGUUGGUUCUGAUUCAGAUGUAUAUGGACUUUCGGAUGUUUGUAUCGGCCUUCCUCUAACAACGAAGGCGUCCAGGGUGGUGGCCAAGACAUCAUCUUUUAAUUGGAAGGAACGAAAGUCUUUUGGCAUUCACUAUCAAGAUUUUCCGGAAGCUACAGGAUGGAAGCCAUCUUGGAUCCUGUCAAUCGUACUCUUUCUUGGCGUAAAUUUGAUUUCAUUCCUGAUUGUGCUGUGUUGCUACAUCGCCAUUUUUAUCAGCGUCAAGUGGACAGCCAGAGCUGCCCACUUAACGAGAAAAGCUGAUAGGGAUCGUGCAAUCAAAAUGGCGGUCAAGAUGGCUUUGAUUGUAGCGACUGAUUUCUGCUGCUGGAUGCCAAUAAUCAUAAUGGGGAUCCUAUCUCAGACAGGAACAGUCAAGCUGUCUACCAACAUGUACGCGUGGACUGCAGUCUUGAUUCUGCCAAUUAACUCUUCCCUCAAUCCCUAUCUGUACACGUUUUUCACUGUCUGUUGCGUUAAGCCCAAAAAAGAAACUUUGCAUACCUACGCAAAGAACAAAGAAAACAAACAAACACACAUAUACACACUGAGCGGACAUUCUGGCGAAGAGAAUAUUGAGGGGGAAAUGCAGCCAAAUCAACGUGAUGCGGGACUGAAGCAAAAUUGAUGGGAAGAAACUAACAGCUGUCCUUAAAUUUCAAACAGCUUCACGAUUUCCGCAGUCAUCAAAACCACGCAUUUCUUUGUAACUUUGAUAGAUUUUUGUCCAUUUCAUUUUAGGUGCAGGAUUUGGCAUCAAAAAUAUAAAACGUAAAACGCAAGAAGCUGUAAAAAGCAAUGCCUUUUAUUGAACAACUAGUAAUUUGAGGGGGCUAAAACCCAGCGGACGUAGGUCUACAAAGCAUACAGGUGUGUACCGACUGAUUGAGGUGUUGGGAAUGCAGCCCCCUUGUGAUUACUUCUAGUCAGCAAAUAAAGCUUUGGUCGGCAAAUGAAUCAAAAAGUGGUACACCAACGAUAUAGGCAAUAGCCGUUGGCAUUUCCCGAAAGAAUAAAAUGUAGCGUAUCUGGGAUUCCAUAUUACACGACACGAGGUUUGCUAACGAGAUACAAGUCGGAAAAUGGACUCUGGCACCACCACAAGAAAAAUUCUUCGCUACGCCCCUGAAAUCAUGAACUUUGAUACAAAACAACAUAUAAUAAUUCACUUCUGCACACACUCCUAAUGGAAGUGUUCUCCGUGCAUAUUAAUAAUCAAGAUACCUUCCUUGGAUAAUAACAAGGCUUCUCCACAUCCGCUAGAAGCUCGACCCAUUCAGGCGUUAUAGCAAAUCAAGUGCACUUACUCUUUCCCUUUGGAAGAGUAAGUACAAGUAAUGUCCACAGAGAGUCAAAUUCCGUUCAGGCACUGUUGCGGUUCUUGUACAAGUACGCAGUCAUGGUUGAAAUAGGAGACAUACCAACACCUAAAAAACACCUGAACUGGUGACAUCGCAUUAGACACGGCUUUCACCAGCUGAGAGACAAAGUGCAUGUACUCAUGUUUUGUAGUUUAGGGUGAAAUCAAAUUUUGUAAAAGCUACUCAUACACAAUCGUUCCUAUAUCACCGCAGGCCUAAGGUCCGUUGAUCCCUUUUCUUGCGUAUUAUUUUUUCCUUUUCGCUUACCUGUUCCUCGGAGUUUGUCUUCGAAGGAGGACAGAUUUAUGGCGUGAACAUAUACUUUGUGAUUUAUUUGGUCUGAAGUUUCUCGUGUUCGGAGAUGUUCUGAGCCUUACUGUUGGCUAGGCUCGGCUGGGCUUGGCUUCAGUUACGUUGGCUCAUUUCAGUACUGUUAUCAUGAAUACAAAUGUUAUGAGUUUAAAAACUCGGGCGUUUUAUACCCAACACUUAAUUGUUGAAAGCGUUUGGUUAUGGUGCAAAUAUGGCUUCUUUAGCCUACAUUACUUGCGCGUGACGUUUGAAAUGUUCACUCUGAGUUUUUUAUAUGAGCGAGGGGCAAUAUGGUGUUCUUACGGGUGAUUGCACAUGCAACGGUACCAAAAAGGGAGGGGGUCAGGUAGAAGUAAACCCACAUAUAGCGAGGCCUGUUUUUAGUGACAAUUUCUGCAGAAACUAUUAAACACAAGUGUAAAAAAAUCAGAAAGGAAAAAAAACUCAAGGAAUGAAAAAAAAGUCAAGUGUAUUGUGUAUCAUAACCAUCCGUGAUGUACAUUUACAUACGUUGGAAAGUUCAGUUGGUCACUAACGCUUUGUAAAUAAAGCCAACGCUAGAACAGAGCUAAAACAAUUAUAACAAAUGAAAUUUACACAUGAAAUGGCCAUAGAACUUUAGGUGAUUCCCGAUGACCAUGACCCAGAGUCAAAAUCAGAAAAAUCCGGAAGAGGCGCCCAGUUCCCCAAUCUAUUACGGGAUUGCAACCCCCCCAAAAAGGACCCACGCACGCUUUCGUUUAGAAACACCUUCAGAUACGGUUUCCAAGCCUCAGAUGAGCUUAAGUUACCGAUGAGAGCGUUCUUAGUAGAAAACUUUCUUAGCUUAGUGUUGUUUGAUGAUUUGAAUAUCGGUGAAAAUAUGCGACACACUUUGAAAAAAUCAGUCACAUGUCGCCAGAGCCACUUUUCAGUUGAAGGCAUUUGAAAGAAUCUUGUUCAGCACAUGUAUUUAAGCAAUAGGAAUCCUCAACAUCUUAACAUAUCGGGUAAACACAACGUCCAUUUUUGUCAUACCGAACUGAGUGAAACAUCAAAACAAAAGUUCAAAUUUGUCAACCUCAAAGUAAAACUCAAAAGUGGCUCCGGUGACUUGAGACUCAUUUUUGCGGAGCAAGUCACAUAUAGUAUAACAAUCGGGUUGCCAACACUUUAUGUACAGAUGGAAUGUUUUUCAUCGAGGAAACCCUGAGUCUAAAACCCCUCUGUUGUUUACGCUGUGUGGAUUUUGCAGAUUUAUUUAUUUGCGACACAAAUGGCAAUUUCAUCAUGUUAAGUUGCAAAUACCGUUACAAACAGCUCCAGUUUGUUCAGGGUAACAGGUGAUAUCCAAGUGAAGUUGAAUACUUCAUACUCGGAUAUUUUCAUAGAAGGUUGUGUUUUCAAGAGCAUGGGUGUUAUAUUAGGUCCGAAAGCCUGUUUUAAAAAUAAGUACAAAGUUAUGUUUUAAGUACAUAGUUGCUGUUUGCUGAAUACCUGAACUGGAACAAAUACCAUCAUUGAGUUCACGUGUAUACAUCUCUGUCAAGGGUAGCUGCAAUGAAAUUUUCUUACAUGAACAUAGUUUUUAAAAAGCUUUUAUACUCCUUUCCAUUUUGUAGAUAUUACUUGUCAUGUCUAUUAAUGUAUUGAUAAGUCCACAAUCUAAACAUUAGAAUACAAACCGUUAGCACGCAUAAAUAUUUCAAUUAUUUCAUCAUUAUUUGAAAGUGAUAAGAUAACUUACUACCUACAAAAUGAUGCAUUUACUUUUAAGUAAAUAUGUUGCUGCUUUGCACUUUGGCAAUUUGCAUGUUAUCUUCUCUUUCGUAAUAUAUAAAUUUGAUACUGUCAUUUGAAGACGACAGCUGAGUAAGAGCAGAGCUACAUUAAACUUUAUUUGUCAACUGGCAUUGGAAUAGGGGUAGCCGGUCAGGAAUGCACAAGACAAACAUUUUGUAAGUUUGUGUUUUGAAAGUGUCCUUUGCAGUUUGUCAUGAUAUGAAUCAUUGCAUUUAUUCACAUUUUAUAUGUAGCCUUUUUAUAUGGUGCAUGGUCUUUGAUGUUUUAAGAAAGAACUUAGCGGCGUACAUACGUUUGAUAUUUCAGUCCUGUUCGCACAUUUUGAUGGUAAGUUUUGCAGAUUGUAAGUUUUGAUUAUUGUAGGUAGGUUUUGUGGUCUUUUUGCCCUGUCCUGUGUUGUAUUCACGGUUAAAAGCCUGUGUGGAUGCGAGUUUAAAUCUCUCGGAACUUCAUUCUUAGUAUGCAGAUUGCCAUAUUUGUGUUAUUUCUUAAUGCAUCCAGUGUAUGGUAAUGGCUUUUUUUCCUCGAGGUUGUGCUGUUAACAUUUGCUUCUUUUCCAGGUACAAAUUUCUUAUUAUGUCUUAUACUUACGUUACUUUCAUAGUUAAUUGAAAGGUCGUGUGCGAAUGACGUUUUGGAGAGGGUGAGGCACGGUGCUGAUAAGUGGCGAAUCUGGGAUUUUCCGGGGGUGGGGCGUAAUCCAGGAUUUUACAAAGGGAAAGGUGUGAACUAAAGCAGCAAUAGUAAAAUUCCCGUGAGCGCUUAGCAUGAAGCCCUUACGGCGCAGGGUGCGGGGCCCACCAAAGGAUUCUAGGAUUUGAUUGUGAUGAAGGCCCUCUGUGGUGCAAUUUCAGGCAGUAUGACCCCUUUUUUCCUUCUCCCUCUUUUUCUUCUUUUUUACUUUUUUUUUUUUGGUAAAAAAAAAAAAGCCGGGACGCCCCCACGGCCCCUCCUUGGAUGGAUCCCUGCUGAUAUUCACUUGUAUCCCCACGAAAAAACCUAGCACUGGUGUUUUUUGUCCUAGGUGACCCCAAAAAGUCCCGGACAUCUCUUUUCACCCCUGGCAGAAAAUGUUCUGUCAACAGGUUCCCCCCUUUACACUUGCUCGAGUACUUGGAUGUUGAUGAAACAUUCAUGGAAUGGGUUUGAAUGCUAACUUGUCGUUCUUGUUUCAUUUUCUUGACAUGUACAUUCUGUGCUCUACAUGACUCUUUGAAAUUUUUUUUUUCCUAACAACCCACGCCUCAAUAGUUUGAACAGUAUACACGCUUAUUUAUAACGUCAAAAGGACAUUUUCAUAUUGUUUAAUUUCGACGGACAUUGAUGCAUGUAAAUUGCUGUAUUUUCAGUUUGAUCAUGCAAAGAAUACAACGUUGAUAUACUAUA